UUUAAAUAUUUACAUUACACUUUUAGGCACAUUUCAUUUAAAACUUCAAGUUGUACAACACUGCGCCUUAAGUGUACCGAAUGCUAUCACCGAUAUCAAGAAUGAAAAGCAUUUUAUUUACCGUUACACUUAAAUACCGAGACGGAGCUAAACCGUGUUCAUUGAUUGGACAAUAAUACAUUUAAUACCAGACCAAACGUCAUACAAAGUAACAAAAUGUUGGACCAAGAUGUUAUCAAUUUGAAACCGAAAUCAAUGUUCGGGGUACGCCAUGUACAGACGGUGAUGCUGUUGUUAGCUAUGAUGAUAUGCUACGGCAUGAGGGUUAACAUGAGCAUGGCUAUCGUCGCCAUGACAGACACCUCACAGGACCACUAUUUCGACUGGAGCAUGCAGACCCAGGGCGUGAUCCUAUCAUCCUUCUUCUGGGGCUACGUGGUCCUUCUGGUUCCUGCCGGUGAGCUGGCGGCCAGGUUUGGAGGACGACUCCUCGUCUCGCUGGCAGUCAUCAUCAACUCCGUAAUCUCGUUACUGUUGCCGUUGUGUGCGUACUAUGGUGGCUGGCAACUGGUCUGCGGCUGUCGCAUCGUGCAGGGAUUAUCUCAAGGGUUCCUCACACCUUCGGUUUACAAUUUAAUUGGAAAAUGGGCGCCCAUAGAAGAAAAGAGCCGAAUGGGGUCUAUGAUUAAUGCAGGUGCGCACCUCGGGAUUGCCUUCCAGCUGAUAGUGUCAGGGUUCAUAGCGGGCUCGUGGGGCUGGCCAGCCAUUUUCUACGUCAACGGAGCACUAGGAAUCAUUUGGUUGGUCGCGUACUCCAUACUCGGAUCUGACUCUCCGCAAAAGUCCAAGUUUAUUAGCAAAGAAGAAAGAUUGUACGUACAAACAUCGUUGGGACAUGUUGGUGAGGAAAAGAAGAAACUAAAAACUCCUUGGAAGGCAAUCUUCACGUCAAUACCAUUCAUUUCCUUGAUAAUACUCCACAGUGGUCAAAAUUGGGGCUACUAUACUCUAAUGACUGAAAUGCCGUCUUAUAUGAACAAGAUACUCAAUGUUGACAUUAAAGCAAAUGGAGUCAUGUCAGCUGUGCCGUACCUGGCUGUUUACAUCCUGAGUUUUCCCUUCGGUUACAUCUCUGAUUAUCUACCGAAUCACAAGAUACUUAGUGUGACAGCUACAAGGAAACUGUCUAGCUCUAUAGGACACUAUGGGCCGGCCAUUGCUCUUAUAGUUUUGUCAUACGUGCCUGCUGGUAACAUCACUCUUGCGGUGGCAGUCUUAACAAUCGUGGUUGGUCUCAACGUGGGGCAUAUAACCGGUGUUAUGAUGGUGCACUUAGACAUGGGACCGAAUUUCGUCGCAACUCUAUUCGGGAUAAGCAAUAUGUUGUCGAACAUCGUAUCUAUAUUGGCUACGCUCGCUGCAGGCUUCAUGUUGCAAGACGAGACGAACCCUAGCGACUGGAAGAAAGUAUUUUAUACAACAUCCGCGAUAUACGUGGUGACGAACACGUUGUUCCUUGUAUUUGGUACCAGUGAGAUACAAACAUGGAACUAUCCACCUCAAGAGACUGAAAUUAAUGAUACUGGUAAGUAUCUUUUUACUUUAAUAUUGCCACUAUAA